CCUUUCAUUGGCUUAUCGACACAUACCGAGACUAGACGCAUCACAUGCCCUCGGAUAACUACAAACAUGCGGGGCAUACUGUACUUGUUGUACCUUGUUUAUCAAGUGCAAAGUAUACCCAGGAAAAAAAGUUACUCAGAAACAAACUGUAAGGAUUACACCAGUGAUUUAUAUAAUGAAAUUGCAUCGUACAAAAAUGUGGUACAAUACAUUCUGGAUUAUACUACUGGUCCUUUUAAAGGCAAAACAUACAGUGAGUUAGCCAAGUUCGUGGAUAAGUUUGGGCCCCGGCCGUCCGGAUCUGAUACCCUUGAACAAUCCAUCGACUACAUGAUACAGUUGACUCGCGAUGAAGACAUCAAUAACAUUGUUACUGAAGAACUGGAGGUGCCACAUUGGGUAAGAGGAGAAGAGAAAAUAACAAUGUAUGAACCAAGAAACAAGGACAUAGCAGUUCUUGGUCUAGGAAGAAGUGUUACCACUCCACCUGAAGGGAUAACUGCUGAAGUGGUUGUCGUCAAAAACUUCGAGGAACUAACUAACCUAGGAAGAGAUAAUAUAAAUGGAAAAAUUGUACUAUUCAAUCCAAUUUUUACAACUUAUGGAGAAACUGUGGUACACAGAACUCAAGGAGCAGUUAAAGCAGCCCAAAUGGGAGCUGUUGCUUCAUUAGUCCGCUCGAUUGCGCCAUUUUCUAUUAACAGUCCUCAUACUGGUUCACAAAAUUAUGUGCCGGAUAUAAAUAAAAUACCAACUGCGGCUAUAACGAUCGAAGACGCGGAUCUAAUUAGUAGAUUAUACAAACGAGGUGAAAAAGUUGUGUUGAACAUACAAAUGCAAUCAACUUAUGAUACCAAAACAUCACGAAACACUUUAAUUGAUUAUAAAGGAACACAGGACCCUGAUAAGCUUGUGAUUGUUUCUGGUCACAUUGACAGCUGGGAUGUCGGCCAAGGGGCUAUGGACGAUGGUGGAGGCCUAUUUGUUAGUUGGGCCGUGCCUGUCAUACUUCAUCGCUUGAAUCUUCGACCGAAAAGAACUAUCCGUUCUAUAUUUUGGACCGCCGAAGAAUUAGGUCUAAUAGGUGCCUACGCUUAUGAAGAAAAACAUAGAAAUGAGAGCGACAAAAUUAAUUUCAUAAUGGAGUCUGAUGAAGGUACCUUCGCUCCGCUCGGCUUGGAGGUAGCAGGAAAUCAGGCUGCUCGUUGUAUCGUCGCAGAAAUCCUUAAACUAUUUGAAUCAAUCAAUGCAUCGACUUUGAUAGAAUCUGAGAGUCCCGGAUCAGAUAUAGCAGUUCUUGUUAAUACUGGAAUUCCGGGGGCAAGUCUAUAUAAUGCCAAUGAGAGAUACUUCUGGUUUCAUCAUACUGACGGAGACACAAUGACUGUUGAAGACGAACAUGAAUUAGAUUUGGGAGCUGCAUUUUGGACAGCGGUAGCAUAUGUAAUUGCUGAUCUUUCUGUAGAUAUACCUCGGUAAUAAUAGAAAUAAAAAGUACACAAUGAAAAGUUUCGUUACCAAAAUACUAGUGUUAAUUUGAUCCUAUCCUCAUUAUAAAGUUUGUUAAUUUAAAGCAAUCAUGAUUAAAUGAAAACCUUAUUAUAUGCUUA